AUGUCUGGUGCCAGGCUGUUACUGUUCAUACAGAGCCUGUCUCGUAGGAAACCCCUGGAGCCAGAGGGGGAGGUGUCCAACUUUAAACGAUGUCUGACUACCCUUGACCUGGUGGCUCUGGGGGUUGGCAGCACACUGGGGGCUGGCGUGUAUGUGCUGUCAGGAGAGGUGGCCAGGGCCGUAGCUGGGCCCAGUAUAAUUAUAUCUUUCCUUGUGGCAGCAAUAGCUUCCAUUUUCGCAGGGCUGUGCUAUGCUGAAUUUGGAUCGCGUGUGCCCAAGACUGGCUCUGCCUACCUGUACAGCUAUGUGACAGUGGGGGAGAUUUGGGCCUUCAUCACUGGCUGGAACUUGCUGCUGUCAUAUGUCAUAGGAACAUCAAGUGUAGCCAGGGCAUGGAGUGGGACUUUUGAUGACCUCAUUGGAAAUGCCAUUGCCAACUCUUUAGGUCAACAUGCAGCAAUGGAUAUGCCAGGCCUCGCUACCUACCCAGACUUCUUUGCUGCUGCUCUCAUCAUGCUGUUGGCAGGGAUCCUUGCAUUUGGCGUUAAAGAGUCUGCUAUUGUGAAUAAGGUUUUUACAGCAGUUAAUACAGUGGUCUUGGUGUUUGUUAUCAUCGCUGGCUUCAUCAAAGGUGACAUUGACAACUGGUACAUUAGUGAGGACACUAUCCUGAACAUAACAACAAAUGAAAACUUCACAUCGGCACUAAAUGAAACCACAAAUUACGGUGUUGGUGGCUUCUUCCCCUUUGGUGUUGAGGGAACAUUGGCAGGAGCUGCAACCUGUUUUUACGCCUUUGUUGGAUUUGACUGCAUAGCCACAACAGGGGAGGAGGUGCAGAACCCUCAGAAGUCCAUCCCUCUGGGCAUUGUAGCAUCCCUGUUGAUCUGUUUCCUGGCUUACUUUGGUGUGUCGGCAGCACUGACCCUCAUGAUGCCCUACUGCAUGCUCAGUGUCAAUAGCCCAUUACCUGUAGCUUUUACAUACAUCGGCUGGGGCCCUGCAAAGUAUGCUGUGGCUGUAGGCUCCCUCUGUGCACUUUCAACAAGUCUUCUAGGAUCCAUGUUUCCCAUGCCCCGGGUCCUCUUUGCGAUGGCCAGGGACGGGUUGCUCUUCAAGCCACUCAGUAACAUGAGUUCUCAACAAAGUCCUGUGGUAGCCACUCUAUCUUCAGGUGUUGUGGCAGCAAUCAUGGCUCUAUUAUUUGACCUGAAAGCACUUGUGGACAUGAUGUCAAUUGGAACACUCUUUGCCUACACUCUUGUAGCAAUAUGUAUUCUCAUAUUGAGGUACCAACCAGAUCUUGCGCUUUUCUUUAUAUCCUGUUUCCUUUUAUAUCCAGUGUCAUACUCUCUUAGAGGUCUGACACAUUUGUUUUGUCCCCCAGUCCUUUUAGAAAUUAUUCUGAGCGUUUUCCUGACCAAGGCUGUGGAUUCCCUGAUGAACCAGGAGUGGUGGAGCAUUUUAAUCAUCUCUGUGAUCCUUAUGAUGCUGGUCCUCACUGUUUUCAUCAUCUGGAGACAGCCUCAGAAUACAACCAAAGCUGCUUUUAUGGUUCCUUUUAUACCAGCACUUCCUAUUGUGAGUACAUUUGUCAAUGUCUAUCUGAUGGUUCAGUUGGGAGGAGAUACAUGGAUUCGCUAUGCUGUUUGGAUGGCAGUGGGGUUAUUGAUCUACUUUUGUUAUGGAGUUCAUCACAGUGUGCAAAAGCAAAGGCUGGAAAAUGCACACAAUCAGGUCAACAUACAAAGUCUUAACACAAAUAUGGAGUAAAACUAUGUGAUGGAUGAGGA